AUUAUAUUAUAUUUUAUACACUUUCAUGUUCAAUCUUAGACUCUUUACCUUUGCAGCUCCAUCUAUGACGAUUAACUUGUUCCCAGAGUUUUGCCGCUUUUCAUUGAGACUUCCGAGGCCACUAUCUCCCUCUCCUCCUCCUCAUCAUCAUCAUCUCCUUCAUCUCUUUCUUUCUCUCUCUUCACUCUCAUCCAUCGUUUGUAUCUCUCUUGUUUAUACCUUGUUCUUGUUGUGGUCAACUAAUAUGCUCUUUCAUGUCAACAAUUUUACAACCAAUUUUGCCAUUUCAUUUCCAAUGUAUUUUUUUCCACUUCAUCGUAACCAUGAACAUUAUUGAACUAUCAUUUAACCAUCUAAUCAUUUGCCAUUCAUUUUCAUCAUUAAAAGUCACCAGCAAAAGUCAACGUUAAUUUAUUUCAAUUUGAUCUCAACUCUGUUUUUUUACACUUUUUUGUUUUCCUUUGCUUUCCAUCUUUGCUUUCUCAAUUGCAUCAAUUAAUUAUUCAACCAUAAUUGUUUAAUUGGUUAACUAAGUGAAAAUCAAAUUGCAUUUUGCAGCAUUGUGAUCUGAAGUCGUGUCAUUUACUUUAUCAUUUGCACAUGAAAAUGGAUUCCCUUUGAUUUACUUGACUAUGUGUUGUAACGCUCUUGUGCAUCAUAACUGUUGAGGAUUGUCUGUGCCUUUUGUUUUCAACAUUUGAACAUUUGUUUUCUUGGAGUUUACCUGUUAAGUGGGUUCAAUGGAUACUCACAGUAUUGGAGCGACUGGACUGCUUAGUCCAGUUUCCUUGGUUGAUUCAUCAAUGUGUCUUAAUCAUCACACAUUAACACCUUUAAUAUGUUCAUCUGAUCUAGAUAAAUCACCACCUUCAAGUCAACAACAACAGUGUAACAGUAAUAGCAGCAAUGUUUCUAGUAACUCUAAUGGUACCAAUCAAAAUAAUAAUAGUAACAAUAAUUCAACGGUUCAAGUUAAUAACAGUAGUAAUAGCAAUAGUAAUAAUAAUAACAAUGGUAAUAAUUCCGGCGCUAGUCCAAUUGGUGGAUCAACACCAACCGGAGCAGCUCGAACAAGUGGCUCAACUGGAUCAGAUGGGCAGCUUAAUGGUUCAGCCACUGACUUAACCUUAAUGAUACCAAAUUCAAUUCACGGUCCACCAAGUCCGUUGCCUUCACCAAUGGAUGAAAGGUCUCGUCUAAGGCGAUCAUGGGAACAUCAAUUGGCUAGAGAAUCAAUGAGAUCAUUUAUUCGUGAAAGGAAAGAGAUGAAAGUUGUUAUCUUACAUGCCAAAGUUGCCCAAAAGUCUUAUGGUAAUGAGAAGCGAUUCUUUUGUCCACCUCCUUGUAUUUACCUUUACGGUGAUGGCUGGUCACAUCGACAACAGCAAAUGAUUAGAGCUGGUCAAUCGGAAUCAUCAACACAAAUCUGUGCCUUCAUUGGAAUCGGUAAUUCGGAUCAAGAAAUGCAACAAUUGGAUUUCAAUGGAAAGAACUUUUGUGCUGCUAAAACAUUGUACAUAAGCGAUUCAGAUAAACGGAAGCAUUUCAUGUUAUCAGUGAAAAUGUUUUAUGCCAAUGCUGAUGAUAUUGGCGUUUUUUAUUCACAACGGAUUAAAGUCAUAUCAAAACCAUCAAAGAAGAAGCAAUCGUUAAAGAAUGCAGAUUUGUGCAUAAGCUCAGGAAGUAAAGUAGCUUUGUUUAAUCGACUUCGAUCUCAAACAGUCUCAACUCGUUACCUUCACGUUGAAAAUAACAAUUUUCAUGCAAGUUCAUCUCAAUGGGGAGCUUUUACUAUACAUUUAGUUGAUGAAAAUGAACCAGAUACCAAAGAAUCGUACAGAAAUGGAUAUAUUCAUUAUGGUUCCACUGUUAAACUUGUUUGCUCUGUUACUGGAAUGUCUUUGCCCAGAUUGGUGAUACGAAAAGUAGACAAACAGAAUGCCCUUUUGGAUGCAGAUGAUCCAGUUUCGCAGUUGCAUAAAUGUGCCUUUUACAUGAAAGAUACCGAAAGAAUGUAUCUUUGUCUAUCUCAAGAACGAAUCAUUCAAUUUCAAGCCACACCAUGUCCAAAAGAGCCCAAUAAAGAAGUAAUUACUGAUGGAGCUUCAUGGACAAUAAUAAGUACUGAUAAGGCUGAAUAUACCUUUACUCAAGGAAUGGGAUUAUAUGGUGGAGCUCCAGUUACUCCGGUUCCUAUCGUAUCUGGUCUUAGUCUCAAUGGUGGUGGUGAAGUUGCCAUGUUAGAGUUAACUGGUGAAAAUUUUACCGAAAAUUUGAAAGUUUGGUUCGCUGAUGUUGAAACUGAAACCUUCUUUCGCUGUCAAGAGUCAUUAUUGUGUGUGGUUCCACACGUUUCUGAAUUUCGAGAAGGUUGGGAAUGGGUUCGCUAUGCAAUUACAAUUGAUGUUAACCUUGUUCGCGACGAUGGGGUUAUCUAUCCAACAGGUUUUACUUUUACUUAUACUCCUGAACCAGGACCCAGACCCCAUCAACCACAUGUUAAUCAUCAUGUUGCCCACCACCAUGGACACCAACCUCGCCCUACUCACCAUCAUUCUGAAAUUGACCCAUUAUUAUCACCCUAUCAACAUGUUAAUGGCUUAUCAACAUAUCCACAUGAUUAUCCAUCACAUCAUCUGCCACCUCCCCCACUUCCUUUAGAUCAUACACAUAUUCAUCAACAUCAUCUUCAUCCCCAACAACAGCAGCAGCAGCAGCAGCAGCAACAGCAACAACAGCAACAUCAUCAACACCAGCAUCAACAUCAACAUCAACAUGAACAACAGUCGCAACAACAACAUUCCCAUGGUCAUCCUAACUCUCUUCAUCCCUCUCAUCAAACACAUCAUCCACAUCAACAACCUCAACCAACAGGAACACCUCCAUCUUCAUUGAUUCAAAAUCAACCUUUACCUGAAAAUACUCUUAAUGGACAUGUUCAUUCAAUGGAACACCAACAUCAUCAUAAUCAACAUCAAUCACCAGGUCAACAUCACAAUAAUCAUCAAAAUCAACACCAACAUCAACAUCAACACCCGCAACAACAACAUUCACCAUCUUCAGAUAACCCACAAGUCCAGGAGCAACAGCAAGGGAAUCACAUUUCACCCCAACAAAGUCAAACCAAUCAAGUUAAUCAUCAACCUCCACAACAACAACAUCAUCAUUUCCAACAAUUGAAUCAUUCACUAGGCUCUCCUCCACCGCCAACCCUGUUAACCCAUCACCAUCACCUUGCACCUCCUCAUCCAGCAAACCAUUUACAUGGUAACAAUCAUUUAACCCAUCCUCAUAUGUCAAUGGUGUCUCGAUUAGGAUCUGGUGAUAAUUUACGUUCACCGAGUUUACAUCAUCUUCAAAGAUCAACUUAUCGAUCUCAUCCCUAUUAUGUACCUGGUCAUGGCCCUCCUUCAACCCAUCACUCUCAACCUCAUUUACAAGCUCUUUAAUGUUUAUCAAAAACUAAUUUUCAACUAUUAUCAAGCAUUUAAUUUAAAUCGGUUAAAAAAUAACUAAUACUGUCUAUUGUAAUGAUAAAGUUAUGAAUGAAGAGAAAGAUUUGUACAAUUAUCGUAGAGUUUUACUUUUUAAGACACAAAAAAUACUCAAGUAACUCUUUAAAGAAUAAUAAUUGAUGUUCAGUUAAAUAUUAUCAUGAAAAGUUUUAAUGUGAAGCAGGAAAAAUCAAAAUUUUGAUUGUCAACCUUAAUUUCAAAGUUAUCUGUGCAAAAUUUUAAUUUAACAAAUGGCUUUCAAUCUUAAAUGUCCAAUCAGCGAUAUCUUAUAUAUUAAUUUACUUUAUUACUGUCCUAAUAUUCAAUUCAAUGAUAUUAUUAAAGUAAAAUCAAUCCAUUUUGCUGGUGAAGUGCAAUCAAAAUUAAAAUGAAAAACAUUUUUCCUUGUUUCUAUUGUAAUAUAAUGUGAAUAUUUAUUAUUUUUUUGUAAAAAAACACAAAAAUACUUCAUCUGUUAAUUCAAAUGGAUCAUUCACACACAGUGAUUUCAAUCAUUUCCAAUAUGGUUUGGCAUAUUUGAAGGAAAGAAUAGUUGCUUCUUAAUUUUAAUCAAAUAUAUAAAGCUAUUCAAAUGACCAUUCAAACUUCAAACAAAUAUCAUUUCUUUCCUCACUUCAUUGUCCAUUUUAAUGAUCUAGCAUUUUGAGCUUUUAUGUAAGUCAUUGGGUUUAUAUAACAAAUUUAUCUUAUAUCGGGUAAUUGUAAAACACAAUCUUU